AUGAACGCCCCAGACAGAGUCACGUACCUUUCUUGGACCGGCUGGCUGCCGCCGCCGUCGGCGUCUACCAAGAACAACGGUGGUAGGUGUUCGGAACUGGGGCGCGCGCGUGGCCGUCGAAAAGUCGCGAGUGCAAAAACGGUCAAAGCUAUUGGCUGGCGGAACAACGGCCUGCACGUGAAAUCGUACCGGCUGAUCGAGGGUUCGACGUCCCCGGAGGGAUUUCCAACACGCCAAGAACGACCCAGAUCCGGCAUUCUCGACCGGCACGCCCCCGCGACCAUCGGCGGUACCGAACCACUCAGAGGACGGCCCAGCGGCCAAGCAACAGCGAGCACCACGCCUCUUUGGCACGCAAUCCCCCAACGGCGGUGUGAGACAAUCGCACGCACACACACACACGGCGCAACAAACCCAAGAUCGACUCCGUGCAUACCGGCCUCGCACCACUCAUCCCGCAAUCCGACUGGCGGUCCGACAAGAACUGGAGGACAACUUGGAAGAAGCACACGAAAAGGGGGACGCAAAGAGCCCCUUUUUGGUGUACCGCUGGAAAAUCUGCUCGGAGGCUGGGCGGUCGGUCGGCGCUGUUCAGAGCGGGCGAGUGUGUGGCCUUCACCAGGGCGAACGGAGGGCGCGCUGAUCAAGUGCGGGAGGAAUCAUCUGUCGCCGGCGCGGCGAACGUGGACCGGCGCGGGGCGAUCGGUGUAA